CUUUAAUACGAUUUAGCUUACGACGACAAUAUCAUUAUAACUUCACUUUACAUGUCACGAAGAAGAUGGAUUAGCUAUAAGCGUAAAUUCUAAAUAAUGUUAUAGAUGUGUAAGAAUUGCCAUAUGGCCCUCCCUCGUAGCCUAAACGAAGAAGCGAAAGGAAGGUUUUACUACGCUCAGACGAUGAAAUAUUGUUUCUUUUACAUCAUUGGUUUAUCGCUGAUCAUGUCGGUGCUAUUCUUGAUGCUAUGUGUAUAUUCAAGUCAAUGUUCAUGGAAACAAAUUAAAGAACUAUCCGUACAGCGUGGUUAUUUUAUUACUUCAAAGAACUAUACAUCCGUCUCACGAUCACGGGAAUUUGGAGAUUUGACAACGCAAAGCUGUGAACCAUUACAUCCACGGGUGGUAUUUUAUAACAGGAUAUUCAAAUCUGCCAGUUCAACAAUGUCCAGUUUCUUCAAAAAAUGCAGUAAACGACUUGGCUAUAUAUUUACCAAAGAUUUCACUGAAGAAUGGGAAAAUGAGAAUAUCUCACACCCAAUACUAACACGUAUUCAAUCACAAAUUUCCCGGAGCAGGAAGCUAAAUAGAAAACUUAUGGCAGUUGCUCAUCUGUAUUUCAGAGAAGAUAUCAAUUCAGCUUACAUUAAUUUGUUACGAGAACCUGUCGCCCGUUUUAUAUCGCAUUAUUAUUACUGCAGAAGUCCAAACCGAUAUGCUCACAAGUUAAAAAGGUUAAAAGAAUUAGGCCAUUUUAAUGUCACCAUUGAAGAAUGUCUAGAAAAACAAUACGAAGGAUGCGUAUGGAAUCAUAUGACAAGAUUCUUCUGCGGACCCCAAGCAUUUUGCAAAACCGGAAGUGACGAAGCUUUAGCGGCAGCUAAACAUAAUAUGCUUCAUUACUAUGCAAGUGUGGGGAUUAUGGAAUACAUUAACGAGUUCGUUAUGGUUUUGCAUAAACGAUUGCCCGAUUUUGUACUUCCGCCUCCCAAGACAGGAAUGGGCAAGGAAUUUGUAACAAAGGGAGUUACAAAGAAGCCGCUUAAUCAGUCCACUAGAAAAAGGAUUAUGGACGUUAACAAGGCCGAUAUUGAGUUGUAUGAAUUUGCGAAAACCUUGUUUUUUAAACAAGCCUUGAAUUGUGGUAUUGAGAUUAAAACCUAGAGUAAUUUUACAUUCGUAAAAAAAUUAGGCUAUAUUGCAAUUCAUAGUUUCUUGCGAAGUAAAAUUACUGCAAAAUGACCACCACGAGAGAGAGAGAGAAGGCCGUUGGGCUACUUCUUCCAUUGUCAUUCCCCUAUGAGGGCAUUCUACUAUAUUAUUUACAAGCAAUUUCCUUUAGUAAUAAUUUAAUAUGGUAGAAAGGAUUUUCUAAACCGUUCGGUUUUAUAUUAAUAAUAGAAAUAUUUACAUCACAAGUAAAAGAUUUGUUUCUACAUGAAAUUUAUUCCUAUGCAAGCUUUCAAAAAUGCCAUCGGUGAGUCUUCAAAAGUAAACAUAUAAAUUUACCAUAUGAUCGGAGUAGCA